CGGUUAAACGUUUUUUCUGAGAAUUAGCGUAAUGAGAAAAUGUUAUGUUCUUUGAACAAAAGGGAAAUUCGUGAAUUAAAAUUGAGAGAAAACAGAUACCCAAUGUACUGUAAAUAACACCAAUCUGUAUAUUAAUUGAUACGAAAGCCAUGACUUUGUCGUAUCCCACUUGUUUGCUUUCCGGUUGACUCUUCGACCGAUUUGAAUACUUUUAACACAUUUUCCUGUAGCAAAUUUAGCACUAGCGCUUAAUUCUUUUUAAUUCUCAUUUUCAUCAUCGUCUUUACCGGAUUUCAUUCAUUUGGUGCCCGAAACUUAACCAUUGUUUUUUCGUUCCUGCAAUAGCAACAGGUUCACCCAUCAAAACUCGAUUUUACAACAGCAAAUCUCUUAAAAUAUCCAAUUAUCAAGAUGUCUAUGACUAUUCUUCCUCUUGAAUUGAUUGACAAAUGCAUUGGCUCAAAUCUUUGGGUGAUUAUGAAAGGUGAAAAGGAGUUUGUUGGCACAUUGGUCGGUUUUGACGAUUAUGUGAAUAUGGUCUUAAAGGAUGUCACAGAAAUCGACACUAUUACAAAUGUUACGGAACAGCACAAGGAGAUUUUGUUAAACGGAAAUGGAAUUUGCAUGUUAAUUCCAGGCGGAAAGCCUUGAGAAAAAAAAGUACAUGUGCCCUUCUGCUAAGGUAUCGGCAGUGACUUAUGUACACACACGUUCAUAUCUAUGAACUGAUUAAAUUUCAUUACUUGCUAUCAUUAGAUUCGUCUCAACAAGUUCAU